CACCCCUGAUCCACCAUCAUGCCCAUGUUGACGACAGCCGAACGAAUUCACGCGGUGGAACUCAUUAUAAAUUAUGAGUUCCAUGAUAAAGCUCUUCUUCGGGAGGCCUUGGAAGCUGCCGGGGCCGCCCUGGCCAGGGAGGGCAAUAAACGGAAGGCGCUUAUCGGGGACGCCGCCCUGAGGCUCGUGCUCUACGAGCUUGGCUAUGAAGAUGAAGCGUCCACUCGUGACAUGACAAAUGCCCAGAACACCAGGGCAACCAACGAGAACCUGGCCCAGAUAGGCUUUUCCCUAGGCUUGAAUGUCUACCUGCAUUUAAAUCCUGCAGCCCAAGGCGUUGUUCCUGGGCGGCUGAUGGCAACAACCAUCGAAGCAAUCAUUGGCGCUGUCUACCUUGACAGCAAUAGAGAUCUAAUGGCGAUUCGUCGCCUCAUCCUUCAUCUGCGCAUCCCGCCGACGCUCUAG